AAGGAGGAGGAGGAGGAGGAGGAGGAGAAAAGUUCAUGGACAGAAAACAUGUAAAUAAAUUCUUUGCUUUUUUUCACCAUGAAGACACGUGGAGCUCUGAGGUUGAAGUGGAUCCAGAACCAGGACUGGGUUUAGAUCUGGAUCUAUAAAGGAUGUCAUCAGAAGUGGCUGCAGGUCUGGUCCUCAGGGUCCUACUGCCCCUUACUCUGACUGCAGCAUGUGUGUUGCGGUACAAUGGAUUCUCUCUGGUCUAUGUACUUCUGCUGCUGCUGGUGCCGCUGCUUUCUGACCCCGCCCCCAACACAGGAAACACCAGUCGCUGUGUGAUGGCUGUCUGUGUCUCCAGCUUCCUCUUCCUCCUACUACAGUCCUUCUUCCAGGUUACCACGGUAACACUGCAGCCUGAGAACAAUUGUACAUCGUGGCAGAAGUCCCUUGCUCAGCUCGGCCUGGUCAGUCUAACAGGAAGUGAUGCAGGUUCUGCAGUGAGACAGGUGCUUCCAGAUGUUGGUGUGUUGAUAGUUAGUCUGGUGACCUGGAGACUGACUGUCAGGUUACAUGGUGACACACACACACAGCAGCAGCAGCAGCAGGAGGAAGAGGAGUUUGACUCUGUGCUCAGAGAGGAGGAGGGGCCAGAGGAGGAGGGGUCAGAGGAGGAAGGCAGCAGGAACAGAUUUCUGGUUGAACUGGAGUCACUGAUUUGUAAAACCAGACACUUUGUGGGAAACAUGACGACGACUGGAGGGAAAAUCCUGAUGACAGCUCUACUGGGACUCACAGGUAUCAUGUUUCCCUCCCUCUCCUCCCUCCCCUACCUGCUCUGUUUCCAGGUGUUGUGUACAUGGUGGGCAUGGUCAGGACAAGUCCCACCUUUCCUCUUCAGGUGUGUGUCAGUGAUGUCAAUGGUCUAUUCCUCUGCCCACUUCCUGCUUCUCUACUGCUACCAGCUGCCUUCAAUGCAGGAGGUGUGGCCUCCUGACCACACCUCAGCCAGUGUGUUUGGUCUGGUGCCUGUGGUGGUUGUGGACUGCACUGCCCCCUGGAAGCUGCAGAUGAACACUGAGCUCAGCUGGUUUCACUUCAGCAGUCCUCUGCUGCUGCUGCUGCUGCUCCACAUAGUGGCCAGUCUGAGGAGGAACCAGCUCAUUGAUGGCGGUGGUGUAGAGAGGGUGGAGUCAGCAGUUGGGGGUAGCAGUGACAUCAUCACCUCCACCAGUAACCUGAGUGCUGAGGUCAGGGGUGACAUCACAGCAGAGAGGCGGAGAGAGAUGUGGAGGAGGGCUCACAACAGUCCAGAGUGCGGAGAGAUGUCAUCAACCAAUGACAGCCCCUCUGGCUCUUUUGCCCCACCUACACAGAGUACUGCUUUGGGACUGGAUGUUAACUCCACGCCCCACUACUCUCUCAGCCAAUCAGACACGCUGGAGACCUGUCUAUUUGAAGGAGAUGAGUGGGAGGAGGGCGGGGCAGAGGCAGGUGACGGUGUGGUCAGCGCUGCCUCCAUAGCGUUCAGUUUCCUCCUCAAACAGAGUUACAUCUGUGCUCUGAUAGCCAUGAUGGCAUGGUCAAUCACAUACGUGUCCUGGCUCACCUGCGUCCUGCUGCUGUGGUCAUGUGUUCUCUGGAUGAUGCGAGAGCGUCGACGCUACACGCUGAUGUCAUCACCCUGGUUGGUUGCCUAUGGCAACCUGUUGGUCAUCCUGCAGUACGUCUACAGCUUCCCCCCGAUUCAGGAAGUCCCAGGACUGUUUCCAAAAAAAGACGCCCCCUGCAGGGAGCUUGUCUCCAAGCUCUUGUGUCUCGUGACCUUCUGGCUGCUGCUGCGUCAAACCAUGACUGAGAAGAAAGACAGAGCGACAGAGACACAGCUUUCCACCAUCACAGUCCAUGUGGAGACUGAGACCAAGGAGGUAUCAUAUGAGGAGGUUCUACUCAUGGGGGGCGGAUCUGGAGGAGGAGUCCAAAUGGAGGCUCUGGUUGCCGUGGUAACCAGAAUGUUCAUUAAAUACUGGAUCUACGUCUGUGGAACAAUGUUCUUCUUCGUCAGUUUUGAAGGAAAAAUAGUUCUUUAUAAAGUCAUCUACAUGGUUAUGUUCCUGUGCUGCGUCGCCCUCUACCAGCUGAACUACGAGCGCUGGCGAGCCUUGCUCAGAGGAUUCUGGGUAGCUGUGGUGGUUUACUCCAUGCUGGUUCUGAUCCUGGUCUACACUUUUCAGUUUCCUUCAUCCCCUCAUACCUGGAGUUACUACACUGGACUCAGUACUCACAGGUUGGAGGACAUUGGUUUGGAGAAGUUCUCGGUCUCAGGACUUUUCACCAGGAUCUUUAUUCCUGCUGCGUUCUUACUGGUGUGUAUCGUCCACCUUCACUACUUUCAUGAGUCCUUCUUACAGCUGACUGACCUGAAGACAGUGGUGGACACACACAACAGCACCAUCACCAGGUUGGUCCACUCUGAUGGCAGCCUGGUUGACCUGUCAGUGUGCGGAGCUCCACAGCUCCUCUUGGAGGAAGAGAAGAGAAAAGACCAGAUGGAGACAGAGGUGGAGACAGAAGAUGAGUGUGAGGAGGAGGAGGACUUCCACUGUGGAUUUGACAGGGAAACCCUGUUUGACCACAGUGCAGUGCUGGUGUCUUGGAGGUUGGUGGUAGAUCGUCUCGCUGUGUUGUUCCUGCGCCUCCUCUUCUCCUUGCAGCGCCUACAGUGCCUCCUGUGGUGGUUUCUGGAAUUACACAUCAUGAAGAUUGUGUCCUGCUACAUCAUCUGGGUUUCUGUGAAGGAGGUGUGUGUCUUUAACCUGCUGUUUGUGUUCUGUGUGGGCGUGGCUCUGCCCUGCAGGCCGUGGCGCCCCCUGCUGUCAGGAGUGUGUACAGUGUGGACGUGUGUGGUGACCGUCUGUAAGAUGUUGUACCAACUCAACGUCGUUCAGCCAAUCAAAUACUCGUCCAACUGCAGCAUGCCAGACAACUCCAGCAUCGAUCUAUCUACCUCUGUUUUAUACUCUGGUCCUGUUGACCCCGCCCAGUGGGUGGGGCUUCGAAAGACGGAUGGAAAACUGCUCGACUACCUGAGACACAACCUGAUGAUGCUAGCGUUGUUAGCGUUUGAAGUGACCGUUUACAGACACCAGGAGCUUUACCGCCUCCGCCAUAACAAAGUCCUGCCCCCCACCAGAACGCUGUUUCAGUACAUAACCAGACAACAUCUGGAUAACAACGUGCUCAGCUGUGUCAAAUACUUCCUCAACUACUUCUUCUACAAGUUUGGACUGGAGACUUGUUUCCUGUUGGCGGUUAAUGUGAUUGGUCAGCGGAUGGAUCUGUUUGCCGUGGGCCACGCCCUCGGCCUCAUCACUGUCCUAUCACAUCGCAGGAGGAGGAGCAUUGCUGCAGUGUGGCCAAAAUACUGCUACUUCCUAUCCGGGCUGCUGUGUUUGCAGUACCUGCUGUGUAUGGGAUUCCCUCCUGCGGCCUGUAAAGAUUAUCCAUGGAGACCUCCGUCCUCUCACAUGGACUCUAACGUGGUCAAAUGGCUUUUUCUCCCCGAUCACCUGACUCCACCAAACCCCCUCUUCCUCCUCUAUGACUUCCUGCUCCUGUUGGGGGCGUCGCUGCAGCUGCAGGUGUUUGAGGAAGAGCUUCAGCCGACAGUACAAGUCCUCGCAGGAGACAACAGCGAGUCGGACGAAGACGACGCUCAGAUCUGUGAUGUCAUCAGACAACUGCGUCUCAACACGGUCCCUGAUUUCAUGCUGUGCCGGUCUUACCUGGACAUGAUGAAGGUCAUCAUUUUCAGCUACAUGUUCUGGUUUGUACUCACCGUCAUCUUCAUCACAGGGACCACCAGGAUCAGUGUCUUCUGCAUGGGUUACCUGGUGGCCUGUUUCUACUUCCUGUUGGUGGGCGGAGACUUGCUGCUGAAACCAGUAAAAUCCAUUCUGGUUUACUGGGACUGUCUGAUUGGCUACAACGUGUUUGUCAUCACCAUGAAGAACAUUCUUUCGAUCCUGGCCUGUGGUUUCAUUAAAUCUCUUGUGUUGAAUCACUGUUGGUUAAUCCAGCUCUUCAGUCUGGCCUGUACCAUCAAAGGAUACACCAAGCCGGAGCAGCAGAGCAGUAAACAGUGUGAGUUGCCGAGCGACGAGGCCGGUAUCAUCUGGGACGGCGUCUGUUUCUGUUUCCUGUUGUUACAGCGCAGAGUUUUCAGGAGUCACUACUUCCUGUAUGUGGUUCUGGACCUGAGGAACACACAACUGCUGGCCUCCAGGGGGGCGGAGCUCUUUGAGGCUUCCACUGUGAAAGCUGUCAGAGCAAGACUGGAAGUAGAGAAGACGUCCAUGGAUCUGCUGAAGAGACAGAUGGAGAGAAUAAAGUCUCGACAGCAGAAGUUCCGCAGAGGAAAAGAGAAAAUGUUGAGUUUAAACCAGGACAGUGUGGGCGGCUAUGAUGAUCAAGAGCCAAGGAAGAGUCAGCAACAGAAGCGAUGGUGGAGACCGUGGGUUAACCACACCUCGAUGGUGAGGAGCGGAGACUACUACCUGUUUGAGACAGACAGUGAGGAAGACGAGGAGGACGAGAAGAAGGAGGAGGACAAAAGGGAGAAGGAGGAGCCUCCUGAGAAGUCCGCCUUCCAGUUUGUUUAUCACGCCUGGAUCACAGACUCCAGAACAGCCAUGAGAGCGCGUCACAGCCAGAGGAAACAACGCGAGAAGACAUCUUCUGUUGGGAGGAAGAAUGAGGACAGAGGACGUGAGGACGAGGACAGAGGACGUGAGGACGAGGACAGAGGAGGUGAGGAUGAGGACAGAAGACAAGAGGACAAGGACAGAGGAUGUGAGGACGAAGACAGAGGAGCAGGUGGUGUCAUAGAGGUGAUGGAGGAGGAGGAGGAGGGAACAGAGACAGCUCUUCACCGGUUCUCCAACACACUGCGGUUCUGCUGGGUUCUGCUGUCGGCUCUGCUGGACUCUCUGACCACGUGGCUCCGUGGUCUUUGUCAGGAACACAUCGACAUCUCCACCGUCCUGAGAAUUGAGCACUGCAUGCUAACACACCAGGCUAAACAGGGUCAUUUACCGAGCAGAGAGGCCAUCAAUGUUUACUACCAGGAGCAGAUGAUGAAGGCGUCCAGAGAGUCCGGUCUGGACUGCAGGGAUGUGACACAUGAAGAGGGAGUGAGUCCUGAUACAGAUGAAGAACUAGACCCAGGAGCAGGUGGUCUGGCAGAUUCACAUAUUGAAAACGGUCAAGAGAAAGGACCAAGAGGAGAUGAUCCAGGUGAACCAGACUCUGAACCGGCACUGGAGGCGACGGUAGAACGAGACUGUGUAUGUGGUUCAAACAUAGAACCAGGACCGGGACCAACAAGUCCUUAUCAACCACAAGACUCAGCAGAACCCGCACCUGAACAUAUCAUCACUAAAACCAGCCAAAGACCACGACCUAAACUGUCUCGGAUGGACUGGGUGGACUCGUCUUCAUCAGAGGAAGAGGAGUGGAGUGAGACACAAAGUGGUGAAGACAAGAACCAAGCACACACCGCUGCCUCCUCCACCUCCUCCCUCAUCCUCCCCCCUUCUUACAGCACUGCUCUUGGACUGGAUCUUCAGGCUGAGGAUGGAGAGAGGGAGAGGAGGGGGGAGAUCUGUGACUUCCUGUCUGACUCAGCCACCACUUCCUGUCUACUGGUGCCUCGCACUCAGGAGCUAACGGCCAGUGAGCUGCUGAGGAACAGAACAUUCUAUAAUGACGAGCUGGAGGCUUCCGACUGUUUCUAUGACAACCAACCACAGCUGCUGCAGCUGUGCUACGCCCUCUGGAACAUCCUGGCAGCCAGGUCAGAGACAGUGUGUUACCUGGUCAUUGUGUUGAACCACAUGGUAUCAGCCAGUUGUCUCACGCUGGUACUCCCUGUUCUGGUGUUUCUGUGGGCCAUGUUGUCCGUCCCUCGACCCAGUAAAACCUUCUGGAUGACGGCCAUCAUCUACACCGAGGUCACUAUCGUCAUCAAGUAUUUCUUCCAGUUUGGUUUCUUUCCAUUUAAUCAAAAACUGGAGGUGGACCGUUCCAAACCGUUCCAUCCCCCGAACAUUCUGGGAGUGGAGAAGAAAGAAGGUUACGUUCUGUAUGACCUUCUACAGCUGCUGGUGCUAUUCUACCACCGAGCAACGCUAAAGUGCCAUGGACUCUGGGACCAAACUGUUCUCAUGGAGACGGACACUUUUAGUCACCAUGAUGACCCAGAGACCUCCACUGACUGUACGUCACCUGUGGGCGUGGCCAACGCACUGCGACGACGAGGCAGGAGAAGAACGCGCUCUAGCUCCACCCAGCUGCGCUCUCCUGCAGGUAGCGUCAGCUCUCAGCCUCAGGUGACCACGACCUUUGACCUCCUGCUGCAGAAACUCAGAGAACUUUCCAUCAGAACCAAACAUUUCUCUGUCAACAGGUGUGUGUCUGUGUACCGUCCAGUGUGUGUGUUCUUCAGAGCUCUGGUUCAGCCAGAAUACAGCGCGGUCACAGACGUGUACGUCCUCAUGUUUCUCGCCGACACCGUAGAUUUCAUCAUCAUCGUCUUUGGUUUCUGGGCGUUUGGAAAACACUCAGCAGCUGCUGACAUCACGUCGUCUCUGUCAGAAGAUCAAGUUCCUGAAGCUUUUUUAGUCAUGGUCCUCAUCCAGUUUGGUACCAUGGUGAUAGACCGUGCUCUGUAUUUGAGGAAAACAGUUUUGGGGAAGUUGGUUUUCCAGGUGAUUCUGGUUUUUGGGAUUCACUUCUGGAUGUUCUUCAUCCUGCCAACCGUCACUGAGAGGCGCUUCAAUCAGAACUUGGUGGCUCAGCUCUGGUAUUUUGUCAAGUGCAUUUACUUUGGACUGUCAGCAUACCAGAUCAGGUCUGGGUAUCCAACACGAGUCUUGGGAAACUUCCUGACAAAGAGUUACAACUACCUCAACCUGUUCCUGUUCCAGGGCUUCCGUCUGGUCCCCUUCCUCACUGAGCUCAGAGCGGUCAUGGACUGGGUUUGGACGGACACAACACUGUCUCUGUCCUCAUGGAUCUGUGUUGAGGACGUUUAUGCUCACUGCUUUGUCUUAAAGUGCUGGAGAGAGUCAGAGAAGCGGUACCCUCAGCCUCGUGGUCAGAAGAAGAAGCGUGUGGUCAAGUAUGGAAUGGGCGGUCUCAUCGUCCUCUUGUUAAUUUGUAUCGUGUGGUUCCCACUUCUCUUCAUGUCGCUCAUCAAAUCUGUCGCUGGUGUCGUCAACCGACCGCUCGAUGUUUCUGUGACCAUCACACUGGGAGGCUUCCAGCCCAUCUUCACGAUGAGUGCGCAGCAGAACCAGCUCAGAGAUCUGACAGAGACCGAAUUCAGCAGCUUGGUGAACUCGUACAGUUACACACCUAGUGCUUUGCAGUUUCUGGAGGCAUACACACAUGAGGACGUGACGGUGGCAGAGUUGCAGGGCAGCAGCAACUCUCUGUGGACCAUCAGUCCUCCGAGCAGACAUUACCUGAGUCAGGUUCUGCACCUGGACCACUUUCCCCUGACCGUGUCCUGGACCGUGCAGAGGAACCUGAGUCUGGGGGCGAAGGCGGAGCUUGCGUCAGGUAAACAUGUGACCUACCUGGACAACCAGACCCGCCUGGAGCUGAUCGAGCUGCUGAAUGGGACCAGGACACUUCCUGUGGUAAUACAGGAAGUGUUUCCGUGUUUCCUCCGAGCUCCGAGUGACUCCAACGCCAAACCCAUCGAGCCGCUUUACCAUGACGACAGCUACAAGGACAUCCUGCUGGCUCUGGAGAGAUCCACCAAUCAGACCAGAGAGAUUCGUGAGUGGUGGAUCGUUGACCAACCGACUGUCGGCCUGGUGCCACUGCAGGGCAGAGCUUCACUGAAUGACAACAGGGAGGCGGGGCUUCAGCUCUUUGUGUUCAGUGACAAAGUCAGUCCUCCGAGUCUGGGCUUUCUGGCUGGAUAUGGCAUCAUGGGUCUGUACGCGUCCGUGGUUCUGGUGAUCGGGAAGUUUGUCCGAGAAUUCUUCAGCGGGAUCAGUCACUCCAUCAUGUUUGAGGAGCUUCCGUGUGUGGACCGCAUCCUCAAACUGUGCACCGACAUCUUCCUGGUGAGAGAGACAGGUGAGCUGGAGUUGGAGGAGGAGCUUUACGCCAAACUCAUCUUUCUGUAUCGAUCUCCAGAGACUCUGAUCAAAUGGACUCGACGCUGAAGUGGUUCCUUCAACGAUCCUCAAUUUUUAAUCUUCAGAGAUUAUUCUCCCCAUGUUCUUUAAACAGCACCGUAAAGAACAGAGAAACCAUCUGUUCUUCAUCUCAAGAUUUCAGGAAAUGUUACAGAAGGAUUCCUGGAAUCAUCUGGAACAUCAGUGGAACGUUACCUGGUUGAUGUGAAGCUUAAGAAACCUAAAUGGAUCUCAGGACAGAGUCACUUCAUAGACUGUUGAAGUAUUACAGUAUUAUUGAUUAAUGAUUAUUGCAGGGAAGUAUCACACCCUGGAAAACCUGGAAUUAUUUAAUGUGACUUUUAAACUCCUGGAAAUUCACAUUUGUCCAAAUGCUGUGGAAAAUAAUGAUCGUCUGAAAGUAUGUGAUUGGUGUUGCAGUCAUUUUUCAGGACCUGUUCCAGGACCUUUUCAAUGACUUGCAUACAGCUUUACUCACUUGUUUUCUUCAUGUUUAACCUGUACUUAGAUUGGUAAUACACGAGGAGCCCAGGAGGAGGCAGUAGAGCAACACAGAUGUCAACUGACACCAACAACCAAUGAGUGCUAAAUUAGCUCAGUGUUAGUGCUACAUUAGUUCAGUGUUAGCACAACAUUAGCUCAGUGUUAGCGCUACAUUAGCUCAGUGUUUGUGUUAAUCAAUGAAAUGAAUCUAUAGAAUUUCUCAGGAUCAACAGACUCAUGAAUCAAUCACAGGGGAAGAACUGAAAAUGGCCGCCUGAUCGGUCACAAAGGAAUGUAACACUGGAAUCAGCAGAUUAAGUCCACACUGCCUCCUAGUGACAGAGACAGGAAGUGCACUCAUGAUAUGUGUUGGUAAAGUCAAAACUGUUAACCCAAUAAGAAAGAAACACAGAAUCAGAUCCCUGACCCAGCCCAGAGUCAGAACCCAGACUGGAAACAAAACAAAGGUGUGACAGUAAAAGCUGAACUUUAUUGUGAUUUAUUGAUCAAAAUGAUUGUGAGGUCAUAAACUGACCAGAGGAAGAAAUGGAGUGUUUGACCACAGUCACUUUCUGUCAUGUUGGGCUGUUAUCAUAGAGGAGGCGGAGUCAGAGUAUGAAUCACAUCACUAGUGAAGCUGUGGUUUUAAUCUGUUUAGUCAUAAUUUAAUGUAUUUGCAUCAUUUUGAAAAUUAAAAAUAAUCUGUGACAUAA